CUCCUCAAGCAGGAAUCAUGUCUGCAGCACUGUCUUCAAAUGAGAAGAAAAAUGAGCUGGAAAACAAGCUGUUCCUUUACCACUUUUAAGCAAUAACAAUCUUAGUAUUCCUGUCUUCCACUUCUGUACCCUUGGGAUAACUGGGAUUGUUUGGCUGUGGAUAAUUCCUCUUGUCUUAACCAACAAGUGCUUGGGACACAGUUGUGUUUUAAGUGACUCUCGUGCCUCUGGGAGAAGCAGCCAGCAGCAGGUCUCCUGAGCUUCGACUCUCACGUUCACAAUGAGCUUCUGACCUGAUGCAUCGAGUGCCCUGGGCAGAAAAGCAAUUCCAGGAAGAAGAAUGCCAACACGAAUAUGAAGUGAAGUGACUCCUAUGCUCUGCCAGGGCGCCCGGAUGCUCCUGUGGGCGGGUUAGAGACGGGCACCCGCCUCCGGCCGGAUCCUGGGACAGGAUGAAGCCAAGGAGGAGCUUCCCAGCGCUCUGGAGUGGCAGUGAGCGCUGCCCCCUGUGAGAUCCAUGCCAGACCGUGCCCCGGCUGCCUGGCGAGAUGAAAGAGGUGGUGCUGUGGUCGCCCGAGGAGGUGACCGGCUGGCUGAUGGAGAACGCAGUGCCCGAGUACUGCGAGCCCCUGAGGGGCUUCACCGGGCGGGACCUCAUCGACCUGACGGAGGAGGACUUUAAGAGGACGCCUCUGUCCCGGGUGUCUUCCGACAGCGGCCAGCGGCUUUUGCACAUGAUCGAGACUCUGAAAAUGGCUCACCACAUGGAGGCUCACAAGAACGGCCACGCCAACGGGCACAUCCGCGGCGGCGGCGGCGAGAACGGCUUCGGCGGCAAGGCGAAGCUCAACGGGGUGCCAAACGGGUUCAAGAAGGAGAUGAUAAAGAUCCCCAUGCCAGAGCCGGAGCGCUCGCAGUACCCCAUGGAGUGGGGCAAGACUUUCCUGGCUUUUAUUUAUGCACUUUCUUGUUUCGUCUUUACCACAGUGACUAUCUCAGUCGUCCACGAACGAGUGCCUCCCAAGGAGGUGCAGCCUCCCCUCCCAGACGCAUUUUUUGAUCGCUUUGAUCGGGUGCAAUGGGCUUUUUCUAUUUGUGAAAUCAACGGCAUGAUCCUUGUAGGACUGUGGUUUGUUCAGUGGCUGCUCUUAAAGUACAAGUCUAUAAUUAGCAGAAGAUUUUUCUGUAUAGUUGGCACACUAUACCUGUACCGGUGUAUUACAAUGUAUGUGACCACGCUCCCAGUACCUGGAAUGCAUUUCAAGUGUUCUCCAAAGCUGUUUGGAGACUGGGAAUCUCACCUGCGAAGGAUAAUGAAGUUGAUUGCUGGUGGAGGAUUGUCCAUCACCGGCUCCCACAACAUGUGUGGUGACUACCUGUACAGCGGCCACACCGUCAUCCUCACCCUCACCUACCUGUUCAUCAAAGAGUGUGAGUGCCUGGCUGAUCAGUCCUUCCUGACUGAGGGAAUUAUUGCUGUGCUCGGUGAUUCCCCACGGCGACUCUGGUGGUAUCACUGGCUUUGCUGGGCACUCAGCAUGGUUGGGAUGUUCUGCAUCCUCCUUGCUCAUGACCACUACACUGUGGACGUGGUGGUGGCUUACUACAUCACUACAAGGCUAUUCUGGUGGUACCACACAAUGGCCAACCAGCAAGUGCUAAAAGAAGCUUCCCAAACUAACCUCCUCGCAAGGGUCUGGUGGUACAAGCCCUUCCAGUACUUUGAAAAGAAUGUCCAAGGCAUUGUACCUCGCUCCUACCACUGGCCCUUGCCCUGGCCGGCGCUGCGGCGGGGCCGGCCGGUGAAGUACAGCCGCCUGGCCAGCGACACGUGACGGCCAGUGCCGGGGCAAGGACCUGGCCCAAGUGCUCACAACUCCCUGAGAGAAGAUGCCAUAAGAAAACAAACAAAAAAAAAAAAUUAUAUAAAAAAAAAUCAACUGCUCCCUUAACCCCCUCUCUUUUAACAGCUCCCCUCGACUCGACCCGUUCAGUUACCUGGUAAGCACUGUGAUCUUUUUUUUCCUCUCCAAAGGAUCUCUGCGUUGGACAAACAAUAAAGAAAAAUUUAACUUAUCGUGCACUGUUACACGUUUCUUGUCGGUAGGUUUGGGAUUUGCAUUUGCCCAUCGCCAUGUUCCUUUGUAUAUGAUGCGACGACAUAAACGAGAGCUUUUGUAUCAUGAGUUCUGGUCUUUCCAGUCACGUCUGGGAACAAAGCAUAUUAUUUUCUUGGGAAAACAUACUUUUCAUAUCUCUUGCCCCAAAGAUUGGGCUGUAAGCCAUUUUCUAGCAAAUGACUAUAUGAAGGUUUCUAAAUACCUGCCUUGGGUGAAAUCAAGAAAUCUUUCUUACCUGUUGCACCGCGCUACGAAUAAGAUGAUAGACACAGAAAGGUUUGGUAAUCCUGAUUUUGUAGAAUCUGCAGUGACUGACUGUGUCAAAAAGUGCAAAAAAAAAAAAAUAAAAAAAAAGGAAAAAAAAAAAAAAGAAAAAAUGUAAAGUGAUUUUCUAAGUAUUUCCUAACUUUAUUUUUCAAAACGUGUAUGAAAAAAAAAAAAUUAAAUUUAAAAAGAUUUUUACAUGUCAGAGAAUAGAGAGUUAAAAUUUAAAGAAAAUGCUUCUUGGGAGAGAGAGAGAUUUGUCUAUGUUUCUAGUGCCUUUCUUGUCUUGAUUGUAUGGUCAGUAGGCAGUCUUAAAUGUUUUUAUUUAAAAUAAAGUAUUCCAUGAAAGCAGAAUUAUAUAUACUAUAUAAUUACUAAUUUUUGCAUUUAUAGCUAAAUUAAACUGGAAAUUUGCUUAUAAUGUUGAAAUUGCCAUGUGUUAGGGAAAAAACCACCCCACCAAAUAAAAAGGGUCCGAUCUUGUUCACACAUUGUGGGCAGGUCAAGCUAAAAAGUAUCACUUUAUUCUUGGUAGCUGGAUUUUAACAAGUAAAACAGCCAUGAAUUCCUGUUUUUUAAGAAUUUUACAAAUGAUCACUGAGUGAACUACGUAUAGUUUCUCCAUCCCCUUUUGCAGUGUUGUUGAAAAACAACAAAGAUAAUCUAUUUCUUUAAAAUAUUUGUGCAGAAACUGCAUGUAAUUCUGAGUUUCACUCCUACCAUACAUACUGUAUGUCUGGGGAAGUAUCCUAUCCUAAACUUGCCAAUGUGCAGAACAAAAAUAGUUUUUUUUAAAAAAGAAUGAAGAAGAGAAAAAUAUAUAUAUAAAUAUAUAUAUAUCCAUUCUGUAUUUUACGUGAAGCAGAGUUAUCUUCUGUAGGUUUUUUGUGUAUUCACAAGGUGAUAUUUGUAUUGUAAAACAACAAUGGUGAAGGAAAAUAAAAAGGCUUUUGAAACGUGUA